CGGGCAGUUACUGGCAGGACCCUCUGGCUAUGGCCGUCACCGCCGUCCCGGUGCCCCGGAGCCGCAGUCGGGCGGUCAGAGCGGUGUAUGUGAUGAACGAGACCGCCGGAGAUCAGGACAGUCCGCCCCUCGGGUGCCUCCGCCGGGCGUGUGGGGAGAGCCGCGCCGCCCUCCACACCGUGUCCUUCGGGAGACUGACACUGGGGGACACCGGCACUCUGGACUGCUUCUACAAUGCAGAUGUGGCGGUGGUGGAGAUGAGUGAUCCUUACUGCCAGCCUUCUCUCUUCUACCACCUCGGAGUCCGAGAGAGUUUCAGCAUGACCAACAACGUGAUCCUGUGCUCUGAGACCAACCUGACAACACUGCACUCGCUGCAGGGAUGCUGUGGGAAUUAUACCUUCAUCCCCUACAUAGUGACCCCAAACGGGAAGGUCUUCUGCUGUGAAGCCGGGAUGAUGAAGUGUCUGACCGAGUUAUUUCAGCCACGUUUUAACCUCGAGCCACUGCUCACGCCCCUGGUGGACCGGCUGACCAAACUGCUGGAGGAGACCGAGAUCAACUCCUGUGAAUAUUUCCGGGAGACGAUUCGGAAUGAAAUCCGCAAAGCCAGGGAGAUGUACAGCGGGAAGGAUCUGCAGGAGGCGCUGACACGUAUACAGCAGCGUCUGGACAGUGUGGAGUUGCUCAGUGCAGAUAUCGUGAUGAACCUCCUCCUGACCUACCGUGAUAUCCAGGAUCUCGAUGGUAUCAUCAAACUGGUGGAAACCUUGCAAAAGCUGCCGACCUGCAAUGUGGCCAAGCAGCCGAACGUCAAGUUCCAUUACUCCUUCGCACUCAACAGGAGGAACCAGCCAGGCGAUCGGGAGAAGGCUCUAGAUGUGAUUUUGCCGGUGGUGGAGAGUGGAGAGCAGAUCUCCUCAGACCUUUAUUGUCUCUGUGGGCGAAUAUACAAAGAUAUCUUCAUCAGUUCCGACUUCACAGACUGCCAGAGUCGAGACAAGUCCUGUUAUUGGUAUGGCAGGGCAUUUAAACAUGAGCCAACACUGCACUCCGGCAUUAACGUCGCUGUGUUCCUCAUGGCAGCCGGACAUCAGUUUGAUUCGUCCUCUGAUCUCCGGAAAAUCGGAGUGAAGCUGAGCAGCUUGCUGGGCAGGAAGGGGAGUGUGGAGAAGAUGCAGUUUUACUGGGAUGUGGGAUUCUACCUGGGAGCCAGCAUCCUCUUCAACGACCAACUGAAGAUCAUUCAGUCCUCUGAGAAGCUUUACCGCCUGAAGGCCCCGGUCUGGUACCUGGUGUCGGCGAUGGAGACGUACCUGCUGUACAGACGCUUUAAGACUAACGUGUCAGAGCCGCCCCAAGACCGGCAGGAUCUGGUUGAUUUCUGGAUGGAUUUCCUGUUGGCGAUCUGCCGGAGCGAGACACCCACUGAGCGCUUCCUGGUUCUAGUCCUGGAGCCGACCAAAAUCUUCCAACCGGCAACGCUGAGCGUGAGCCUCGAGGAGAAGAUGGUCACCAUGGGCCACGUCUCACCGGACGAAAAGAAGGGAAUCCACACUUGGUCCUUCAAUGCAGAGAGUAUCCGCGGUGUCAGUGUCUCAAAGUUCGACGAGCGAUGCUGUUUCCUGUACGUGUUACACAACUCGGAUGAUUUUCAGCUGUACUUCCCAACGGAUGUGUGCUGCAAGCGGUUCUGUGAGUUGCUAAACUCUUUCACAGAGAGUGGGAGGAGCAGAGAUGAUGACCCGCAGUUGACUGAGGAACCGUUGGAGUACAAUUACGAAUACACAGAGAAGGGAGAUCGGCUGGUACUGGGGAAGGGAACGUACGGGGUGGUGUUUGCCGGGCGGCACCUCAGUAACCAGGUCCGCAUCGCCAUCAAGGAGAUCCCAGAGAGAGACAACAGAUACUCACAACCUCUGCACGAGGAGAUCGCUCUCCACAAGCGACUGAAGCAUCGCAACAUUGUACAGUACCUGGGCUCCGUGAGUCAGGAUGGAUUCAUCAAGAUCUUCAUGGAAGAGGUCCCAGGAGGCAGCCUCUCAGCGUUGCUGCGCUCGAAGUGGGGGCCGCUGAAGGACAACGAAGCCACCAUCAUCUUCUACACCAAGCAGAUUCUGGAGGGUCUGAAAUAUCUGCAUGACAACCAGAUCGUUCACCGAGACAUCAAGGGAGACAAUGUGCUGAUUAAUACGUACAGUGGCGUGCUGAAAAUCUCUGACUUUGGGACCUCAAAGCGACUGGCCGGGAUCAACCCCUGUACAGAGACCUUCACAGGGACUCUGCAGUAUAUGGCACCUGAGAUCAUUGACAAGGGGCCGCGGGGCUAUGGGAAGCCAGCUGAUAUCUGGUCUCUGGGCUGCACAGUGAUCGAAAUGGCUACAGGGAAGCCCCCGUUCUAUGAGCUGGGGGAGCCGCAGGCCGCCAUGUUCAAGGUUGGUAUGUUUAAGAUCCAUCCCGACAUCCCGGACUGUAUGUCCCCCGAGGCCAAAGCUUUCCUCCUGCGCGCCUUCGAGCCCGACCCCGACAAGCGGGCCACAGCGGGGGGGCUGCUCCGAGACACCUUCCUCAGCCCUGCCAGUCGCAGGAAAGGGAGAUACAGCCCCAAACCAGAGCUGUUCCACAGUCUGUCUGUCCCAGCUCCUGAGCAAGUUAAGGACUCAAGUGACAGCGAUCCUCUGGCCUCCUCGUUGGACCUGAGACACCUCUCCCGAAAUAACGCUGGUCAAGGUCAAGGUCUAUUUGCAAAAUGCAGCUCAGCAAAACAGGAGUUUCUGUGUGUUCCCGAGGGCGAGGAUCCUAGCAGCCCCUGCUCCCCAGAGGAGAACGCCUGCCUAUUCCAGUUAAAGAAAGACAGUGAACGGCGAGACACGCUCUACAGGAUCCUCACAGAGGACAGCGACAUCAUAGUCCAGAACAUUCUAGAAGCUCAAGCUCAGAGCACGGAAGCCACCAACCUAACAUGUGACCACGUGCGGCAGCUUGUGGUCUGUCUGAAGGACUACAUCCGCUCCCCGGACAACAAGCUGAUGGAGAGUGCCCUCGCCAGCCUCAAAGAUGAACUGCAGUUUGACAGAGCGGCUCUCAAUGGGGUGCAGAUCCUCAUCUUCAGCUUCCAGGACGCGGUCAAAAAAGUACUGAGACAUCACCAGAUUAAACCACACUGGAUGUUUGCUCUGGACAACAUCAUCUGCAAGACAAUGCAGAUAGCCUUCACCCUGCUGCUCCCAGAACUGAAGUUCCAGCUCCAAUCUUCCUUCGAACAAGACACUGAGGAGCCAGAGCCAGAGAGCAUGCCAGAGGAUUGGGGGAAGAACUGCUGUGAGAUGAGAGAGCAGGAUUGCUACAAUGAUGGAGCAGGAACAUCUGGAGUUGGCACCCUCAGUCACUCGCUUUCACACGAUUCCCAGCACAGUUCCUGCUCGCUCCUCGUGCAGCUCAGCCGGCUCAAGAUCGAGUCGAGCCGGCUCCUGGAGGAACUGGCAGAGAAGGAGCAAGAAUGCCAGCGACUGCUUCACCAGGCCAUCACUCAGAAACAGAAAGACAUUGAUCUACUUCGGAAGAGGGCAGGGGUGAUGGAUGAGGCCUCCGCACCCGGCUCACAGACACUGCCCUUGGACACAGACACCCAGCAACUCACACACUGGCUACAGCAGCAGAACAUCAACACAGAAGCUAUCUGCACGAUUGUGGCACACGGGUAUUCACUGGAGGACCUCCUGAGCAGUGCCACGAGAGAUGACCUGACGUACACUCAGAUCAGAGGUGGAAUGCUUCUCAGGCUGUGGGCAGCUAUCAGUGCUCACCGAAGUGGGCACUGAGCAGUGAGUUACCUGCAGUGUUCUGAUCCCUAUCUCUGGAUGGCAGCAUCCAGGACAAACUCUUCAUGGCAACACAGGCCUCAUAGAGCGGCAGCUGGAUGUGAUGGCGGUGCCCACAGGCAAUAUGUGGGCAAAAGGGCAAAAGAUCUGGAGCUGCUCCUACCCCUGGGGCCGCUCGUACCCCUGGAGUCAUUCCAAUCUGCUUUGUGCCAAGCGAUGCUGUUCCGUUGAGGGCAGAAGAGCAGAGGAGUGCCUGUGGAUUCGAUGCUGACACGUACACACGCGGAGAAUGAGAACUUUAAAGGUGGCAGAAUUUUGGGGUGGGUGACCCAUCCUCGCUCAGUGCUGUGUACCAGAUACAACAACAAUAACAACUUGCACUUAUAUAACGCCCCUCAGGCAGGGCAGCGUCCCCAGACACGCUGUGCUUCCCAAUUGUCCACACACCCUCAACCUCUCCUGUUUUUUUUCCUAUAGUUCACGUCGUUGGACGAGGAUUGAAUGCUGCGCUGUGUUGCUAAUGAUGACAGGCACUUUAUACUUUUAAGUUUCAAGAGAAUCAUUCCGAGGUUUCAGUGGAUUUUGCCGCUGUUUUACCAAAGAAACUGACAAGGUCAAAAUUCUCUCCCGUGUGCUGAACAUUGGAGAGAAACAUGUAGCAAUCUAUUUUAUUGUUUGCAUUCAUUUGCAGGAUGAUAUGUGACAUAAUACAGGAUAUGAAAAUAUUUGAUCACAAA